GUGGGGAGCAUCCGUUCUAGCUAACUUGGCUAAGCCAUGUCUGCAGCAACUAAAGUACAAGAAGAUACGUUCAUAUUCCAAAAGCCUUUCAUGAUUUUAGAUAAAAUAUAUUUAUAGGCGCUCAUAACUCAUAAGAGUUGGUGUUUGCCAUAGUCAUACUUUUCAUGGAGACCAAUUUGUCAAAAAUGAUCACUCUCCGUCCAUUCAGGCUAUCUGACGUUGAUGAUCUCAUGUCAUACGCAGGCGAUGAUCAAGUGACUCGGUCCCUCCGAUGGAAGACUUUGACAACCAGAGAUGAGGCUUUGACUUUCAUCAAGGAUGUUUGUAUCCCCCACCCUUGGCGCCAGGCGAUAUGCAUCGAUGACCGUUCGAUCGGGUUUGUAACCAUUUUUCCAGGAUCAGGUGAUGACAGGUACAAGGCAGACUUGGGAUAUGCAAUAGCAGCAAAGUACUGGGGGCAAGGGAUUACCACCAAAGCAGUUAAGAUUGCGGUGUCUCAAAUUUUCAAUGACUUCCCUAUUUUGGUGAGGUUGCAGGCUUUUGCCGAUGUAGAGAACAAGGCCUCUCAGAGGGUUUUCGAGAAAUCUGGGUUCCAAAGGGAGGGUGUGUUAAGGAAAUAUGGAUAUCUUAAGGGAAAUAUUAAGGAUUUGGUUGUUUAUAGUUUUCUAUCAACAGAAGUUGCAGUGUAAUAAUUUGCACGUAUAUUUUUUCUUCUCCUUAAUGUAAGCUCAUGAGUGGCAUUGUUUUCAUGUGAAAA